UUCACCCACCAUGAAGAACAUUGCACAACUCUGUGCAGCAGUUUUACCAUGGGUGGUUUUUCUGUCCACAAACAAUGUGUUUUGUGUGCAAAGGAUUCAUUGCCAGUGGGGGUCUUAUGGCAGCUGGUCCGACUGCGAUCCCUGCACCAAAUUACAGACAAGAAGCCGAGCUAUGUCUAUCUACAGUCAGUUUGAGGGGAACCCCUGCGAUGGAGUGCGGACUGAGACCAGGCCCUGUGAAACUACACAAGGCUGCCCUCUAGAUGAGGGAUGUGGAGGCAGGUUUCGCUGCAGAUCAGGAAAGUGUAUCAGUAAGUCUCUGAUGUGUAACGGAGAUCAGGACUGUGAGGAAGAUGGACUUGAUGAACGUGGAUGCACCAUUCAAAAAUUCAUUAUAUGCGUGCACACAGUCCCCCCUCCUAAUAUUGAGCUACUAGGACUUGGGUUUGAUGCCGUGACCGGAGAGAGGAGAGGAAGUGUCAUCAACACAAAGAGCUUCGGGGGCCAGUGCAGAUCCAUCUAUAGUGGUGAUCACAAUAUGAUAUAUCGACUGCCCCUCAGUGUUACACAGUACAACUUUUUGGUUAAAGUCCAGAAUGAUUUCAGUGAUGAGAUGUACUCCAGUAAGUGGCACUAUGCCAAGCACAUCGUCAACAGAGAGACAGUGUCUGGGACCACCACAGGAUAUAAGAACUAUGACUUCCACGAGUCGCAUGACCAAACUCGGACUCAAAAGCUUUUGGUGUUAAAGAACGACAUUGAGGUUUCACAGUUCCAGAGCAAUUCUCCUAAUUACCUCCCAAUAUCUGAGGAGUUUUGGAGGGCACUGGCCAAACUCCCUUCUGUCUACGAUUACUCAGCUUACAGGAAGAUAGUGGAGAGGUUUGGUACACACUACGUGUCUGAGGGAAGCCUGGGGGGCUCCUUCAAAGUCGUUGCUGCGAUUGAUGAAGAAACUGAAAGAAGAACGGUCAGCGAAAAAACGCAACAGCAUGAAUGUGUGAGAACCAAACGCUGGAUUCUUAUAUUCCCCAUCUACCACGAGGAAUGUUGGAAUAAUAAUCAUCAAAUGUCAUUAACCACCGAACGUCGUAGGAGCAAUGAAGUGGAAAAAGUAAACGUAGAGGGGGGAGGAAUCUCACAUAUCGCUGCACUGAAGAGACUCGACCUUAAUGAGCCAAGCAAGAACUGGGAAAUGUACUCAAACUGGGCUGAAUCUGUGAGAUCAUUCCCGCAGAUCAUCAAACAAAAGCUGCGACCGCUGUCAGAGCUGGUGAAGGAGGUUCAGUGUGCCGGGGUGAAGAAACUCUACCUACGAAAGGCCAUAGAGCAGUACCUUGCAGAGAGCCACCCGUGCCACUGCCAACCCUGCAGAAACAAUGGCAUUGUUGUCAUGGCUGGAGACAAAUGCAAGUGCAUCUGCAAACCUGGCACAUCUGGGCGGGCUUGUGAGCAGGGAGCUGAGGUGGAGGGCCAACCGGGAGUGAUAAGCGGUGGGUGGUCCUGUUGGUCCGCGUGGUCGUCGUGCUCUGUGGGUCGAAGGUCACGAAGUCGCUCCUGCUCCAAUCCUUCCCCCCAGAACGGGGGACGAAACUGUAUUGGAGAAGCAACUGAAACGUCUGACUGUGAAGAUCAAGAACUGGAAUACUUUAAAACGAUGGAGCCUCAGUGUUUUGACAACACUCUCUUACCAACUGAGGAGUGUGAAACCCCUCCUCCUCUAAUCAAUGGCUACAUUGUGAACCCUAAGGACAUUUACCUUGUUGGUAGCAAAGUGGAGUACACCUGCACCGUGGGAUUCUAUCUUAUUGGUUCGGGCACCCUCGACUGCACUGCCGACAAAACCUGGUCUGCAGAUCCCGGACUGUGUGUCGUGUCAGCCUGCAGGCUUCAGUCCCUCAACAAGGAUGUCAUAGCUUCUCCUUUAAGCCAGGCUUACAUGAUCGGGGACGUAGUUACUUUGUCCUGUCCAGAGGACAGAACGUUACAAGGAGAAGCAACAAUCACUUGUGACCCCAGUUUGCAUUUUUCCCCGGACCCGGCAGAUAUCAGAUGCAGUCCAAAGACACAGCAGCAGCAGAUCCGUCCUGAAGUGCAAUGUGAAGUAUGGGAGAAGCCUUCAAAAGGAAAAUGUGUUUGCAAAAUCCCUCAUGAGUGCAGCUCAUCCCUGGAAGUGUGUGCUGCAUCUCCAGCGGGAAGAAGGUUUAUUCCCAUUACCGUUUGCAAAAUGCACGCACUGCAGUGCAUGGGGAAAAAGCAUGAAGUAGCAGAGCACGGCAACUGUGCGUGGCCGCAACGCAACACAACAGGCUGCACCAACUGUCAUAUGUGGGAGUACUGUGACGAUCAAACCAACGAUUGUCGCUGUAAGGGGCCUGCUGAUUGCUUGACCCCCGGGUUAAACGUGUGUGUCCGCGUUGGUGAGGAUGUGACUGCGGCCACACAAACCAUGAGCGAAUGUGAAGCAGGAGUUCGGAGAUGUUCAGGAGAAAAGCUGUCAGUCGUCAGUAUUGUGCCAUGUGCUGAGGAUUAAGUGAGACAUCUGACUGAUAUCUCCUUCUUUUGCCUGUUACUUCUAUCUCACAUAAUAUAGCCGGCAUUGCUACAAGCACAACUAUAUACAUCAAAAUCUAAAUUCACCUUUUUAUGCAGGAGUCAGAAUAAAACCGUGCUGUUUUAGAAAUACAGUAAGUCAGCUUUCCAGUUCAAUCUUACAUUUUGCAGUUAUUGUGUAUGACUAACAAUGUACCUCCGACACUGCGAAUAUACUUAAGAUAAAAGUAUCUGCAGACAGCACAUUGUAGAUUUUGCUCAUACUGCCUUUCCAGACAGCUUCUUUUACUCCAAAUAUUGUAUUAUGUGCUGUCUGUACUGCAUAUGCAUCAGAGCGUGCAAGGCAGAGCUUGAUGUUGAGGGAAACAGCUUUGUAAGUAUCCCUUGAGAUCCUCUAAACUCUCUUUUCCAGGCUAAAAUGAUGUCUUGUGCUUACUUAAGCAGGCACUGCGCGCACCGCCACACAACCCCCUGCUGGCAGUGUAUUCCUGCCUCUGGCUUGCUGCCCUCUCACAGAGUGAACGCAUGCACGUGCGAAGGCACCAGCCAUACAAUGUUUCACAUGUGCAUCAAAAUGCUUCAUGUCAGCACAUAUGAGCACACCAUUGAUGAACCCCACUAUUCUUAAGUAUUUACUCAGUUGAUGUUUUGAUGAAGGUGGCACAAGGCUGUGUAAUUUCCCAAACGGGAUCAUUUGGCUAUGACACACUGAAGAGGCCAUUACAUAAUGAUUAUUGUCAAACACAUUACACCUUUUAGUUACCUUUUGAAAUGGAAAAUAUAUAAAUGAAUGAUAAUAAUGAUAAUCAUUUGUAGCCUUCUGAUAACUCUGAAGACCUAUUAGAGGCCUUA